AUGUCGCUCGAUCAGACACACUAUCAUGUGGCUAUCUUCAGCACAGGUCUCACGCAGAGCAUUUUGUCCGCAGCUCUUGCUUCAGCCGGGCUUUCUGUGAUCCAUGUCGACAAGAACGACUACUAUGCGGAUCAAUGGGCAAGUCUCACUCUCACGGAGCUGGUCAAAUGGACACAGAGCACGACCUCUUCGAAUCCUGCGGAAGUUGAAAGACGCAACGGAGUGGGAAAUGUCAAUUUGACAUUCCCAGCCUUCAACACUGCCGACGCCGACAAGCCUGGAGAGUCGUCCAAACUGCCUGACUCGCUGGCCACCCUGGAUCGACACUAUGCGAUAUCUCUCGCGCCGACACUGCUGCCUGCAACUGGAUCGUCCAUCGACUGUCUCAUCCGUUCCAAGGUCGCCUCCUAUGCCACCUUUCGCCUUCUUGAAAGAACCUGCGUCGCUUCCUGUUCCGAAUCGGACUCGGCAAGAAUGACACUGACCAGCGUCCCCGCUAGCAAAGAGGACAUCUUCAAGACCAAGACCCUUUCGCUCAUCGCCAAACGCAAGCUCAUGAAGUUGCUCAUGUACAUCGGCACCGAAGACUGGCAGCUCGACCUCGCACAAAGCCCAGAACUAGCGCAAAAGCCUUUUGUCCGUUACUUGGCGGAAGAGCACAAGAUGUCGCCUGACCUUGUAGACGCAGUCGCCUACGGUGUCUGUCUCUGCGCUACUCCGAAUGAAAGCACUCAAGCGGCGAUGGCAAGGGCAAAGAGUCACAUGCAGAGUGUGGGUAGGUACGGCAAUUCAGCAUACCUUGUCGGACAGUAUGGGGGUGCGGGAGAGCUGGCGCAGGGCUACUGCCGUGCAUCAGCCGUCAAGGGGGGGAUGUUUAUUCUGGCUCAUCAGAUCAAGUCUGCCAAGCGAAGAGAAGAUGGGAAGUGGGAGAUUGACGUGGAAGGUAUCGAGAGCAAGGUCACUGCAGACUAUGUCGUCUCGAGCGAAGAGGUGCUGGAGGAGCUCAACAUCACGAACAUCGUUUCGGAGCAGACAGCGGCAUCACAGUCGGAGGACGUCGUGUUGCAUCGAGCAGUGCUGGUCCUGGACAAGCCAAUACAAUACAGCGCGCCGAACUUUAUCGGGGCGACAACAAACGUGGACGACCAGGAGCAGCAGAAUGCGGAGUCGAGUUCUCCUGAGCUUCCGCCGGAAACCGGACUCGUCGUGUUCCCGCCAGGCUCGAUUGGCGGCAAUGCGAAUACUGUGACGGUGCUGAUGAUGGGCGAAGGCACAUUCUCAUGUCCAAAGGGUCAGUAUGUCUACUACGUACAGACGGAAGCAUCGGGGGCGGAACUAGAGCGCUCAGCACUCGAAGUGCUCAAACCAGUCCUCGACCAAGUCAUCCGUUUGACAACAGACGCAACACAGCCCUUGCUGCAGCUGACCUAUCGUCAAGUCAUCCCUACAUCCCCACUCAAUGUUGCCGAGCCGAGUCUCUCGAGCAUCCCAUUCCCUCCUCCAUCAUCCGCUACAACUUCUGUGAACAGCCAGCCAGUGACCUCAAUCUCAGGUCUGACAGACGCAGCAGUGCAUCUGGCCGAAAAGGUAUACCAUGACAUCCUUGCUGUACAAUUUGCACCGUCAGCGCCCGGAGACACUCAUGAGGGAAAACUGAAAUGGGUCCAGCAGACGUUGGAUCAACAAAGAAUUGAAAGAAAACGAAGAAAGGGUAGGGACGCGUCCGAGUAUCAGGGUCGUGGGGGAAGAGGUGCAGACGAUGGAGUGACAAAAGAGCUUCUGCAGGAAGUUGGGCAAGGAGAGGCGUACGAGGAGCAGAUAAUCUUGGUGGGAUUCUUUGACUCCUUGGAGCAACACGAUGCAGAUUACGACGAUGAUGACAACUAG